CCAAGAUGGCGACGCUCAGGCUGGUGCCGGUGGCGCUGCUCACCUGGCUGCUGGUCGGCGGGCGCUGCUCGGGGCAGCGCGCGGGCCCGGUGCCCCUGGUCAUGUGGCACGGGAUGGGAGACAGCUGCUGUAACCCUGGAAGCUUAGGAUACAUUAAAAAAAUAGUGGAAAACAAAAUACCAGGAAUUUACGUUCUGUCACUACAGAUUGGAAACAACGCGGUAGAGGAUAUGGAGAACAGCUACUUCAUGAAUGUGAACAAACAAGUGAUGCUGGUUUGUGACAAACUCGCUAAGGACCCUCGCUUGCAAGGAGGCUACAAUUCUAUGGGAUUCUCCCAGGGAGGCCAGUUCCUGAGGGCGGUGGCACAGAGAUGUCCUUCUCCUCCAAUGUUCAAUUUGAUUUCCAUUGGGGGACAGCACCAAGGUGUGUUUGGCUUUCCACGCUGUCCCGGGGAGAAGUCCCGCAUCUGUGACUGGCUCCGAAAGAUGCUGGACCUUGGCGUCUACACGAAGGCGAUUCAGGAGCGCCUAGUGCAGGCAGAAUACUGGCAUGACCCCGUGAAGGAAGAUGAGUACCGGAAAAACAGCAUCUUCCUGGCUGACAUCAAUCAGGAGAAGGGCAUCAACGAGACCUACAAGAAAAACUUGAUGGCUUUGAAAAAGUUUGUGAUGGUGAAAUUUCUCAAUGACUCUAUGGUAGACCCUCCAGCCUCAGAGUGGUUUGGAUAUUACAGAAGUGGGCAAGCCAAGGAGACCAUCCCCCUGCAGGAGACCUCGCUGUACACAAAGGAUCAGCUGGGGCUGCAGCAGAUGGACAAGGCAGGAAAGCUGGUAUUCCUGUCUGUGGCAGCAGAUCACCUUCGCUUUUCUGAAGAGUGGUUUUAUACAAACAUCAUCCCCUUCCUACACUGAAGUCGAUGUGCGUCAGCAGCCUGACAAGAGAAGGCGACUUCCUUCCGACCAAGCUCCUGAUACAAGGCGGAGGAAGUCACCCUGUUAAGUUCUAGCUUGGAUCCAAUUGCUGUAGCUAACAAACUAAGCUGCCCCUUACUGCGUAACAGCACGUCCCCCAUACAAACCUGCUGCAGCAUGGUACGAGGGCUAACCAAGUACUUAAGGGCAUACUAAGUCUGCUGGUUGUUGUCAGAGUGCAUUAGAAGUGGCAUGGUUUAAAUUUAAUAUGCUAUUAUGGUGUAGCAUAUGGUCCCAACCCAGACUAGGUUUCUGUGUUAGCAAGUUUUGUAUGGUUUUCAAAGAAGCUAAUGUAACUGCACCAGUCACUUGCUGGAAUAUAGUUCAGUGGUUUUCAAACUUCUUUUCUGGCGACCCAGUUGAAGAAAACUGUCGAUGCCCGUGACCCAACAGAGCUGGGGAUGAGGGGUUUGGGAUGUGGGAGGGGGCUCAAGGCUGGGGAAGAGGGUUGGGGUCCGGGGGUGAGGGCUGUGGGUUGGAGACGGGAAUGAUGGGUUCAGGGUAUGGGAGGGGGCUCUGGGCUGGGGCAGGGAGUGCAGGAGGGGGUCAGGGCUCUGUGUGCAGUCUCUGGGGUGGGGAUGAGGGGCUCAGGGCUGGGGCAGGAGAUUGAGGUUUGGGUUUAUCUCUGGCAGCUCCUGGUCAGUGGCGCAGCUGGGGUGCAGAGGCAGGUUUCCCAUCUGUCCUGGCACCAUGGACCGUGCUGCACCCCAAAAGCAGCCAGCAGCAGGUCCGGCUCCUAGGUGGAGGCAUGCAAGCAGCUCCACAAGGCUCUUGCCCACAGGCACUGCCCCCUCCCCCCCCCACUCCCAUUGGUUGGUUUCCAGCCAUUGGGAGUCCGGAGCUGGUGCUCAGGGUAGGGGCAGCGCACAGAGCCCUGUGGCCCCUCUGCCUAAGAGCCGGACGUGCUGCUGGCUGCUUCCGUGGUGUCAGACUCAGAACAGGUAGGGACUGCUAAUUUUUACUGGCUGGCUGCCAGGGUCCCUGGGUCAUGACCUGAAGUUUUAAAACCACUGCUAUAGUUUAACAGCUGAGCCAUUUGAGACUGGGUAGUCUCAGUUUUAACAGAGCUAUGUUCUAACCACAUUCCUGUCCCUCGGUCAGGAUACUUAGGUUAAUACUAACAAGCGUAACUAGUUUAGAUAAGGCCCAUCGAGUGAGGACCACCACUUAGAUUUAAGGAUGCAUGUUUGUAGAAACGGGGGAGAAGACAGCAUUACAGCUGCGGGAAGGGGUGCUGGCUCAUGGGAGGGAGUGGGUUAUGGAUUAAGUUUUCAAUGGUUAUUAAAAGCUUUUUGAGGGGUUUGGGGUGUGGGUGGGGGCUCAAGGCUGGGGAAGAGGGUUGGGGUGCAGGGGUGAGGGCUGUGGGCUGGCUAGCUACUGUUUUGCACUGGUUCAAUGUUGAUUCUCUUUAAUAAAGAAUGUUUUACAGCUGCCUAAUGAACUAAGGGAUAACCUCUCUUACUGCCCUACCAGUGACAAAUUCCCUUCCUCAGCAAGGGUGCUAGCAGCGUGAGUUUGAAAAAAGGAAAGUAGUACUAGGAGUGUCAGUGCUCGCCACUUAGUGGCUGGUCCUGCAAUAAGCUUUGCACUCACACACAAUUCUGAUCUAUCCACUAACAGACCCAUUGAGCAGCAGGGGGUGGCAGUGGGGGUGUCAAUCCGCAUUCUCAACAACCUGAGGUAUGUUUUUAGCAACAAGAAGUUUCCUAGCUGCACUCCAGUAUAUCCCUUCUGAACAGCAAACAAGGGCUAGUGUAAUGAGCAGAUUGGCAUGAACUUUAUUCUAUCUUCUGUAUAAUUUUAAGUACAUAAGAAAAGUUUUUUCCACAAGCCUCAGGAGAAGAUGAGUACAAGUUACAGGACAGUCUCAAAAUAAAAAAAAUUUGCAUAUUUUGUGAGUUUCAUCCUAGAGAAAAAACCAUUGACAACGUACAGAGGAAAUGCAGUCAGAUAUGCGGAUGUCACCAGAGACAGGGAAACACAAAGGGCAAGCAUGUACAGCUCCCUUUAGGGUCAAUGCAGGCCCUGGAAAAGAGGCUGCAAGCCUCCAGCAGAGUAAAGAGCCAAGCAACAGGGGAAGGGGAGAGGCUGAGAACAGUUUCACAUUCUAUAGUAACUAAGCAUGAGUGAGGAUGACCAAUGGAACUGACUUAGUCGAACUCUUGUUUACAAAACAAAUACUGAAUGGGGAAUGAAGAAGCAUCCCUCGCUAGGAAGGAGAGACAGGUUCAGAAGAACUGUCUUGGAAGACUGAACUUGAGUUCAGCUGCUUAGAAGGAACCCCUUGGGUGAAGAUCCCUUUUGGAGAAGGGCUCAUAGGGAAGUGGACACUUCAGCUUCUAACCCUGGACAGACAGCAGAGUAGAUCAUUUACUCCAAUGCAGUCUUCCGUGGCACCUGUUGACUGCAAAGCUCCCCAUCAUGGCACAAAGAGAAUUACACAGAGCAAAUAGGAGCGUUGAAAGGGAAACUUACGGUGGAAUGCUACACGCCCAGUCCUCAGCCUUUGGUCCAGCAAAGCCAUUCCCCACAUCUUGUAAUGCCACUGACUGAUUAGUACACACAGCUGGAGUUAGUAGCAGCUCCCAGUACCUUCCUGAAACACACUUGCCAGCUCAACUUACCAAGCUGGGAACGAUGGACCCUGAUAGGGACACCAUUAUGUCAAUUCAAAGACAGACAACAUUCCUUUCCCACAUGAACAAUUUGUCUGAAGAUACCAUAAUACCAAACCCAUGGAACAAUCUGAAAGCCAAC